AUGGGCAGCAGUUUGAAAGGUUAUUGGAGCUCUCCUGUUUCUGGCACUGUUUCUGUCUGUUUGUGUGCCCAGGGGAGAUAUGCAUUCAAGCUGCUGAAUGAUUUAUUUGUGAAUUACACCAAUGCACUGAGGCCUGUGGAGGACACUGACAACAUCAUUAACGUCACCUUGCAGAUCACUCUCUCGCAGAUCAUUGACAUGGACAAAAGAAACCAGAUCCUCACAACAUACUUGUGGAUUCGUCAGGUGUGGUUUGAUGCCUACCUCACCUGGAAUAAUACAGACUACGAUGGGCUUGAUACCAUCCGUAUACCUAGUAGUUAUGUAUGGAGACCUGAUAUUGUCCUAUAUAACAAUGCAGAUGACCAGUUCUCCAGCUCUAUGGAGACUAAUGUGGUGAUCCGCCAUGAUGGCCAGAUUAUGUGGGACCAGCCGGCAAUAACCAAGAGCUCCUGCAAAGUGGAUGUGUCUUACUUCCCUUUUGAUGCCCAGCAGUGCCGCCUCACCUUUGGCUCUUGGACCCACAACGGCAACCAGAUGGAUCUUCAUAAUGCCCUGGACAGUGCUGAUCUGGCUGACUUUGUGGAGAAUGUAGAGUGGGAGGUUCAGGGAAUGCCUGCAAAGAAGAACAUUAUUCUCUAUGGCUGCUGCUCAGACCCCUAUCCAGAUAUCACGUACACACUUCACCUGAAGAGAAGAGCUUCCUUUUACAUCUUUAAUCUGCUCAUUCCCUGCAUGAUGAUCUCCUUCUUGGCUCCGCUAGGCUUCUACCUUCCAGCCGACUCUGGAGAGAAAGUAUCAACAGUGUUACUAGCCCUUACCGUCUUCCAGCUUCUGGUUGCUGAAAGCAUGCCCCCUUCAGAGAAUGUGCCACUCAUUGGGAAAUAUUACAUCGCCACAAUGACCAUGAUUACAGCUUCUACAGCCCUGACCAUCUUCAUUAUGAACAUCCACCACUGUGGACCAGAGGCUCAGCCUGUUCCUGCAUGGACACGUCGCUUUAUCCUGCACUACUUGGCUCGAAUUUGCUUUGUCUAUGACAUGGGAGAAAGCUGCCUGUCUGUGUACACAGACAAACCUGCACAGAAGGGAAGCAACUGCACUUUAAAUGGACAGGCUGUGGACGAGGACUUCGCUCUGAGGGUACGAGGCAUUUCAGCUGGUGAAGGGUGUUCACAGAAGAUAAAAGAUCCAUUAAAUGAAGAUGUCAGUCCGACCUUAUCUCCCCGGCAAGGUAAAGAGUGCCAUACUGGCUGGAUAGAUGGUACACGUGUGGGCAUUGACUAUGGAGAGGUUGCAGGAGCUACAGUAGAGAGAGGGAGCUAUCCCAGCAGAGCAACUGGGAAAGAAUCACAAAACAUCCUGAGGAAUAUCGAGUACAUCGCUAACUUUUAUCAUGAACAGAAGGCCACACAGAGACGAAAUGGGGAGUGGCGGAAAGUUGCCAAAGUCAUGGAUCUCUUUUUUAUGUGGAUAUUCUUUAUCAUGGUCUUCUUUAUGAGUUUGCUUAUUAUAGGGAAAGUUGUCUGA